AGGCUAGAACAGUCGCAGUGAGAACAAACAGAAGAACGCAACACAAUGCUUUAAUCAGCAGCGUCGAGAUAACCUAUAGCCGUGGAGGGAGCGAUACAUGCGCAUUCCGGGUUUUACCCGGUCCUCUCUGAGCUCAUCCUCCCCUGUGCAUUCAAAGUUAGAGGCUCCAGCUGUACCCUUCGUCGCUUCAUGCAGCGUCAAGGUGAACACAAGAAGGGAGCAAGGAGCCUCUGCAUUAUUCGGCAAGGCGGAAUACGAAGUUACGGUCAGCUUGCGCCGCCACGUCGACUCAAGAGGCAACGACGGAGAACUUUAUUGUUCCCGUUCCACAAUUCCCGCAUUGUUCCGGCCGAAAGGGGAUCUUCAAAGCCUCGCCCGUUCGCUCGUGCUGUCAUGGAUGCCACGUCCACGCUGCGGGCGUUGCUCCUGCUAGGGGGUAACCUGGUAGCCGGACCCUUCGUCUACUGGCUGCACGUUCGGGCAGACGUGCGGCAAAGCUGGCCUGCGUACCAUCGUACGGCCCUGCUGUUUUCCGGGGGCGCGUUGUUCGGAAUAUCUUUGGUCGACAUGCUGUACUCCGGUUCUAGGAUGCUGAGCCAGAUCACGCCUUCCGACACGCCAGUGGCGGAAAUAGUUGUGUGCGUCGGUUUCGGGGUGGGCCUCUGCCUCCAGCAGUUGGCCGCUGUUCUCGUUGACUGGGCUGAACGCAGGAGAAUCCCUCGGAGCGUGUCAGCCACGGAAAGCACCAUGCUGUCUUCUUACUCAGAAAACGUCGACUACGGUGCCACUGAAUCCACCCGUGCCAUUCAUGGUAUGCGUCCAGGAGACAUGCCGCUGUCCCACGUGGACCUCUGGGCUUCCCUGACAAUCCUCGGAUGUAUCUGCGUCUACUUCCCGCUCCACUGCCUCAUUCUGGGUCGAGUAGCCGAUCAAGCCUCGGUCGAAGCCAGCGGCGGCUUCACGGCCGCCGAAGCGAACACCAUCCUGGGCUCCAUUGCGCUCGCCGUCGUGAUGUACUCCUCCGAUCCACGGCCGACGGCGCUCCUGGCAGCCUCACUGCUGCCGGCCGUACUGCCAGCUUUGGCCUACGCUUUCGGUUGCUUCACGGUCAAGUGGAGCGUCUCGCGGCUCUACGUGGGCAUUGCCGACACGUUCUGCUGCGGCGCGCUUCAGUGUGCGAGCGUUCUCGGUGUUGUGUGUCCCUACAGUCGAUCGGCUACCGGUUGUAAUUCGUUCCCACCCGUGGCGGCGGGUGUGGUGUGCUCGAUUCUCGUACGUUUUGCCCUUCCUGGUGUUUGGUGACGACGGUAUACGAACACUGCUGCGCGCUGCACACUUCACUUUUUCUGACACAUGGUGGCCCGCAUUGUGCUCAUUCCGUUCGCUCGUGGUCGACACGUUCUGCAAAUUCUCAGAAGGAGCUCGGAAGACGGCGUGUAACAUGUUGCAUGCUAGACUGUAGGGGAAGCCGAAAUCAACUGCAACAUCUGCACGCGGCUGCCAUUUUCUAAACAUAGGUGUUUAUGGUGCUGCGUGUGAAGACCUAAAAAAUAAGAAAGAAUAAGAAAGGUACGUUUCUACAACUGCAGCAACGGACUCAAGAACAACCCGUUUUCAAAGACGUUCGGGAAUACAUCCAAUGACUUUUUACUCGCACUAGUUUCAGCUAAUGUGAGUAGAAAGUGUGAGUACAACAAAGGCGGCAUCCUCCUACACGCAGCCUUCUUUCUAAACGUGUAGUGGACGGCUCACAGGUACUGGACAUCGUUCUCACAUGUAUGCAUUUACGUUCUUUUUCUUUUUCUUUUUCAAAUACCGCACCAUUGUUUACAGAUAUUGCUUCUCAAACUCAUACCAGAUUUUCCAGACGUUUACUGACAGCCUACUUUUCCUUUUACCUAUCGCGGUUUGCGUUCAUGCGGAUAGUGCUGCAUUUAAAAUAUGAAGUUGCUUUUUGCCUAGUUGGAAAAAACUGAAUAAUCUAUUCUCUUGUCGCUUCUUACUGUGUGUUUCCUAAUACAGCGAUGGAGGCUUUAAUGUUCAAGGACACUCGAGAAAAAACUGCUCACCGUCGAUAACAGUAGAACGAAUCAUGCAGAAGCGCCGCCAUGGAACAUGCCGUAGAACGUUGCAUGGAGCAAGCCAAAGGAUUUAGUAAUACUAAGCUCUAGUCACAAGCGAGCGCUUUGAUUUCAUGACCGAAAUGCGCUGUGAGAUUUAUUUGUACGUGAACGCAUACUGUACAUACAUUAGCAAAUACUCACGAAACGUUGUGAUGUGUAUGUGUAUGUCGCGUCUUCGGUUUUUCAGAAGUAAGAAACUCGGCGCAAACAUCAUGCACGUAUAGCUUUAUUUUGACGGUUUCACUUUUCGUCGAUUCACGAGCGCAUCUUGAUUACUAUCUCGAGGCAUUCAAUGUACUGAAGGAAAACCGGUAUAGUUACCGGGGGCGUGGUAUUUGUUUUCUUAUGUGAAAAAAAAAUAAAUUGUGAUCUCCAGAACAGAUUCA